AUGAUAGACACGCGCGCCCUCGGCGCCGACGACCCGCGCAAGAAGGCGUGGGUCGACGCGCGCACCUACGAGUGGGACGUCCACUACUUCUACCCGAUGGCGGACGCGGCGGCGCGAGAGUUGAUGCGGAGCGGCUCUUUCACCGAGACGCACAAGCAGGAGCUUAGGCAGCGGCUGCGUGCCGCGCGCGCGGCGGAUGCGGCGGCAGGGUCGGAGGCCGAGGCGGUGGCUGAGGCGGCAGAGAGGGCGGCGAGGGAGAAGGCGCUGGCGGAGGCGGCAGGUUGGGCGGCGGCGGCGGCGGCUGAGAGCGCGGGGAUCGACGACGCCUCGCUGCCGUCGGCAGCCGCAAGCGUGGCCGCCACGCCGGGCGCCUUUGCCUCUCGCGUGUGCGCCGACCCCGAUUGCGCGGACUGCGCGGCGGAGUUUGAGUGUGUGGCGUGCAUGGAGGAGGACGGCGAGGAGCCGUGCGAGGAUGAGGGCGGCGUGCUGGUGUGA